AUGAACAGCUCCUUACCGGCGGGGUCAUCCGACCCUCGAGCCGAUUCUGGCCAUAACUUUAACGUCCAUACUAUGUCUGAACCCCCAAGUAAACCACAACUUGAAAACAGCAUCGAAAUCAAAUACCACCAUCCCUCGACGAUAAUGGCUUCGCCUCAGUUGCAACGGUUCCUAGGUCAAUGCACUCAAACCGAACAGGCGCUGGUGGAGGUUGCAUUGCACACUACAUUGGCAAAGGCGAUAACGAGAGACAUCCAGAUAAGAUCUGUUUUUAUUGAUAUUGCCAGCAGACUCAUCAGACCAAUGGUGUAUGCUACUGCCAAGGAGAAGAACACCGCGAUCGAGCUGAUCAAGGGGUGUGGUGAGGUGUGGGAACAGGAGUAUGAAAAGAUAAAAAGUGAAUGGGUAUUGGAAUUGGUGGUUGCCCUUGGAGGUUCGAAACAAAACUUACUUGAUGACGAGAGAGAUCGACAAAAGGCAUUGAACGAAAGAGCCUACCUCCGGAUUGAGCAAAUAUUAAGCUCCCUCGUGGGGUUCCACGACAAACACCGGAAAACGCUUGAAUCGGGCAUAAAGCAAUAUCAGUUCGUCUGGGACGCAAUCAAUGCUGGUUUCGCUGAUAUGAUGAACGAGAGUAUAAUGGAAUUGGCGAAAACACUCCACCGUGAGCUGCUACAGCGGGCUUUGUCUGAGAUCCUGCUUCCCCCAUUGUAA